AUGGGAUAUAUGAACAAUGCACAAGAAGACAACAUGGACAACAGUAGAAACGCAAAAAUGCCACCUUCCACUAAACAUGCUCCGAAGCAGCAGCAAGUUCCAGCACCCACUGUUCAAGAGGAAGUCGUAGCCAUUCUCCAGCAUGUCACAGCCAUAGAGAAUGAAAUUCAAGAAGUGAAGGGCAAGCUCCAUGGCCUACGUGACCUCGAAGAAACGCCUUCCUCCGUCAGGAAGACUCCUCAUGUGUCUACUUCCGAAGCCAAUAGAAAAGGGGACGAUGGAGACGAAGAAAACGAAGAGGACGGAGGAGAUAAGGAAGAAAGAGGCGAAGAAGAAGACGAAGUAGACAAGAGAGCCGCAGCAGACAAGAAAGACAAAAAGGUCAAAAGGAAAUUCUGCCACACUUGUAGGAACAAGAUGGAAGCUGAUGCUAAAUCGAACUAUGUGAAUUGUGAGACGUGCAGGGAUAAGGCCACGAUAAGAUGGAAGGCAAGCAAGCUAAAGAGGGAGGCGGAGAAUGAGAGGAAGAAGGAAGAACGUAAGCAACUUAAAAAGCAACGUGCAGCGGAUGCUCCAGGCAAGACUUGA